AUGGCGUCAAACAACCGUCCCACGACAGGUCUCCUCAACUCCAUUUUCAUGACCACAGUCAACACCGCCGCUCGUUCUCUCGUCUCCGUUGCCUCCACCGCCUCCACACCGGACUUGCCUUCUAGGCGGUGGUCAGCUUCGGAACACCUCAGUUUCGCUUCGGGUCUUCUUACGGCGGCGGCGGAGAACGCGUUGGUACCGGCUUCGGCUUCCUCCACGACGGCAUCAACGGCGUUGGUGAAGUAUUCAGGGUCGGGGGAUUUGGGUAUGAUGAUUAGUGACGGCGUUGAUGAGCCUUCCAUUAACUCUCUCGGUAGAGCACUUUGUCACGUACUAGCGCUAAUGAACGAGAUUCCAGUAACCUCAAGAAAAUACCAGUUUGCCUUGGGAAUGGCUGAGAAGAUCAUGGAAGACAACGCCCUGAGCUGCAACGUGGAACUACUCGAUGUCAAUCGAGCGGCCCUCGCGACCUCCUUUGCACGGACCACUGCCCGUUUGCAGGACUCCUUGAAACGCUCUCGAACCACGGAUGAGCCCUUCGGUAGUCUGCCGUUGCGUGUGGUUAGCGCCCUUCCGCUAGGUGGCUAUGUCGCUUCCUACGUGAAAGGGCUGAGCACGUGCAUCAGCACGGUCAGGUCCUUGGCGGAUAUGGCCGGUAACUUGUUAUCGCAGAGUAAGAGGAGGGAGUCUGCAUUGGUGAGAGCGGGUGGUAACCAGGAGAAUGAGGUUGAACUAGCGGUCGAGAAGCUGGCGGAGGAGCUGUUGUGGAUGACGGAGAAGCUUAGGCGUUAUGGUGCGGUGGAAGAAGGGAUAAAACGGUGGAGCUACGCUUCCGCAAGGGACAACACACAAGUUCCAGGACAGGUGAAGUUCAAGCUGCUUGCAAACUGGCUACCACUGUUUAGCCACGCAAGGAACGGGCUAGCGUUUCCUGUGCUCACUGGUUAUGAGAGAGUUGAGGUGGAACGAGCCAUAGACAAAGCCAUCUCGACUUUGCCUGCAUUGGACCAAGAAAUCUUACUCUCAAACUGGCUCCAAGAUUACUCUGUCACGGCCUCUGAGUGGCCCGAUCUCACCCCUGCAUACGACCGUUGGUGCCACUCCACUCGCCAACUUUUCAUGUAG